UAGUUCUUUUAUAUCUUGAAAACAAAGGAGGAGGAAGAAGAAGAAGAACAACAAGAGAAAAAGACAGAGAUGAAGCUAGUUUGGUCUCCUGAAACAGCUUCAAAAGCUUAUCUUGACACCAUAAAGACAUGUGGAAUUUCAAGAAAAUCCUGUGCUGCAGAAUUUUUAUCAGCCAUGGGGGCUGGGUACAACGCCAAAUUAAUAGUUGAAGCAUGGAAAAGUGAUAAGAUCAAUGGUGACUCAAUCUCCACAAGCAUCGGCCUAGCCGUCGCGUCAAAACAUAGUCGUGGCAGGUAUGUGUGCAUGGUGCCAGACGAAGAAUCAAGAGUAGCGUAUGUAGGCGCCAUGCAAAAUUCAGGCAUGUCCUUGCCGGAAAUGAUGGUGGGAGAGGCAGAAGAGGUGAUGGAAAGAUUAAAUGGGGUUGACUUUUUGAUUGUGGAUGAGAAGAGAAGUGACUCUUUUUCAAUCUUUAAUAGUGCUAAAUUGAGCCAUCGUGGAGCAAUUUUAGUGUGCAAAAAUGGAAGGAAUAUAGAGACUAAUAAGUUCAGUUGGGAUGGAGUUCUUGAUAGCAAAGUUUGUGUUGUGAGAUCAGUGACACUUCCAUUUGGGAAUGGAUUGGAGGUUGCUUAUAUAGCAAGUAAAUAUGGAAAUCAAAAGGCUCGAAAAUACGCCAAGCGUUGGAUUAGACACAUUGAUCGGAAGUCAGGUGAGGAGCAUGUUAUUCGACGAUGAUCUGCAUACUCAAGUGCAAACCUCAAAUCGAGAUCUCAUGUAGUUUGAAUAUAUUUUUUUUUUCUUUGUAUAUAUCAGUUUGUCUUAUGCUAAUGAGGCCUUGUUAGAGCCUAGGUUGAGGCACUUUAUCCUUUCUGCUCCCAAAGGAAAGAAAUAGUUCUUGGUUUUACUGAAGGCACUUCCAUGACGAUUCUUGCUUUUGGUAUAAAUUCUGUGAUUUAAGCCUUUUUUUUCUGAGGUUUUUCAGUUGAUGUAUGUUACUCGCAUGUGAUUCACAUUAAUUUAGAUAUUCAAGGUAUAAAAUGCUCUAUGUAGAUGUUGUCUAUUUAUUUGAAUCUCUAGAAACUAUUGUGUUCUACUGAAAGGAAACUUGUUCUAGUAUUUUUUAUGUUAUAAAUUUGCUUCGUCGAGGUUCUAUCAUGUUUAAGUUUAGUUGUACAAUGUUUAACAGAUUUGAACUUCCUGCUGCAAUUUUUGAUAUGAUUGCUAAUUUAAAUGAUUCGGAUGAGAUAAGUCUUACAAGUCUUAUGGAUGAUACCAUGGUAAGUAAACUUAUUUUAGUUCAUGAAAGGAAGUUUCUUGGUUGUAUAUGCAAAUGAGUCUGUUUGAUUAAAUAAAUCUUGUCUAGUAUUUUGUUUUGACUAUAGUAUUGUAUCUCUAGGAGUAUUAAUAAGUUCUGAUGCAACUUUAUUUUGGGGAGUACUUUAUUCAAGCUUGCACUGCUAGCUUACAUAUCUAUUUUUCGCUACAAUUGCUAUAGCCCACAUCUCUUUCAGUAAGUCCUCAUCCAGAAUUAGAGAUGGAUCGACAAUUUUGGCCACUAGAACUUGUUUUCCUCAGUAUUAAUACAUCUUGCAGGCCUAUAUUAUGAAGGUUAAUCAAAAUGGUUCGACAGACAAGUAGGAGCGUCACAAGGCUAGUCAGCUACUUAGAAACAACAUUACCCUCCCCGGACCCCACUUGUGGGAUUAUACUGGAUUGUUGUUGUUUAAGUUAUUUCUCAUAAAAAUAUGUUAUUGGUUUUUCUUAAGUCUUUGGUUUCAAGAAGACUAGACGUUUUGGUCUGAUUGCCCAUGGGAGGUCCAGGAGGAUGACUUGAAAUAUGCAUGGCUAUUUGUGACCAGGAUUAUAUAAUGAUUAUAUAAUUUCUUG